AUGUCGCCCACAUCAUCAGAAGACAUGAAAACUGUCUGGGAUAAGCUCCAGGGCGAUAUCAUCAAUCAACAAGAGGAACGUUCGCAACAGACAGAAGACGCUGACCAAGCCAACUCCGACGAUAACUUUGCUGAGGAGAUUGCCAUAGAACCAUCAGAGCCUACAGCGCCAGCCUCCACGAACAUUAUUGAGAUUCCAGAACCCUCCCCACAUAUGCCUACAUCCACAUCAGCUCCAGUAAAGACUUCAGAGAAGAAAAGACGACAAGCACCCACAGCAAAAAGAAAGCAGGUUCAGGGAAUCAACAAUGACCAAGCCUUGAAACGUGCCAUAGAGUUAAUGUACAAAAAGCAGCCAUCGCCGUUUGCAGUUAACGACCUUUCGGAGUCAUAUUGGGCAAGGGAGUCGUGGCCACUUCUCAUGGAGCUUCUGGACGACGUAGAGAAUAUGUACAUGCUGGAUGGCGAGAAGAUGGGCGUUGAUCCCUCUAGGCGUCGGAAUCAGGGCCGUUCUUGUGACCUAGAGGAGGAUAUAUCUCGGAAGCGAGUGGGUCGCAAGUUGGACUGGACUGCUCGCGAUAUUCUGACCAUCAUGCAAAACCGAUUCCACGAAACCCAGGACGAUUCGUUCCAGAAGCAGGCCAGAUUCUUUGGCAUUUAUAUUGGUGACCGGGGUUUCCAGGCGUUUGAAUUGCGUCCGGCGGAUGGACAAUCGUAUGUCACUCUGUUCCACCUGCACCAUCUACAGGAGCUCCCUGUAAACAUGAACAACCUCAAAAUACAUUUCCAAGGCCUGACCAAGCUGAUACAGAUCCGUGCAACGGACGGCGAGAAACAGAAAGAUGAGGGCAUUCAGGAGGAGAACGACAUGUCGUGGUUAUAUGACAGAAGAGAGGACCUCAAUGUCAACCUCUUCCUGGCAUCAUCCCCUGGUUACCCCUAG